ACAGGAAAAGUAAGCUUGAAAUUGAAGUUGGCAGACCAGUUUCAGAGUGGCAUGGAGGAUUCUACAUCUGCUGUAUUCAAAUCGACAGCAGAUGAACUUUGUUCAGGGACAAAGCAGGCAAUGACUUCAGAUUAUAGCUUCCCACGAGAUACCAGCUUUGGGUGCAAAGUAGAAUCGCUAAGACAAGGAAGCAUAAUUGUUGUACUUCUGGUCACCUUCAAUGUAUAUGGCAGUUACACAAUACCCGACAACGACGAAUAUGUCCAGACAAUAGUUUCAUACAUAGGAGCCGAUAUGAAACUGGGGUCAUUCACAGUUAUAUAUGGGUCCAUAGCUGUUAUUGUAGCUUCCUAUAAGACACAAGGGAUAGAAACCCGUGUUACAAAACCAACCACUCCCGAACCUACAACAACAGAACCAAAGACGCCUACACCACCCGAAAUGCAACUCGUUAGCUCACUCUCAACUCCUAAUGGCGACCUCAUUAUUGAAUGCAAUGUCCACUACGCACCAAAAGCCUGGAAUACAGUCAAAUUGAUGUCCUCAGAUGCCAACACUGGGAUUUUAGCUGUCGGACAUGUAAAUGGAACGACACAAAGCGACAACAACGCGCACCACAUAAACUUUCGAGCUGAUGAUAGUAAUGUUUCAAUUAGCCUACUCUUCCCCAACACAACGAAACACUGUUUUUCCAGGAGUAACUACACGUGUUCAAUCUAUAGAAAUGAGGAUGUUUUUGUAGAGACAACGGAAUAUAUUUCCACCCCAGUUGAAGAAGCAGCACAAAAUCCUGAAAUAGAUGGAAUCACAACAGUGAACGAGGGUGACACAUAUACAGUUAACUGUUCCGGAGACCUGGCUCCGCCAUCUACUACACUCAACCUGUUCACAAGAACAGCCAAUGCCACAUCCUUUACAAAGUCAUCAGUCGUUGCUCUAAGUACUAUUGGUAAUAUCACCGAAUCCUGCUACCUCCAAACAACAAAGAGUUAUAAUCUGAUUGCUGACAGAACAGAUAAUGGUACAGAGAUGAGGUGUGAGGCAGUUAACACAUCUCCAGGCUCACAGACGAUUUCCGAUUCACGAGUGAUUGUGGUGAACGUUGCCGAAAUGCAACUGGUUAGCUCACUCUCAUCUCCUAAUGGCGACCUCAUUAUUGAAUGCAAUGUCCACUACGCACCAAAAGCCUGGAAUACAGUCAAAUUGGUGUCCUCAGAUGCCAACACUAGAAUUUUAGCUGUCGGACAUGUAAAUGGAACGACACAAAGCGACAACAACGCGUACCAUCUAAACUUUCAAGCUGAUGAUAGUAACGUUUCAAUAAGCCUACUCUUCCCCAACACAACGAAACACUGUUUUGCCAGGAGUAACUACACGUGUUCACUCUAUAGAAAUGAGGAUGUCUUUGUAGAGACAACGGAAUAUAUUUCCACCCCAGUUGAAGAAGCAGCACAACAUCCUGAAAUUGAAGGAAUCACAACAGUGAACGAGGGGGACACAUAUACAGCUAACUGUUCCGGAGACCUGGCUCCGCCAUCUACUACACUCAACCUGUUCACAAGAACAGCCAAUGCCACAUCCUUUACAAAGUCAUCAGUCGUUGCUCUAAGUACUAUUGGUAAUCUCACCGAAUCCUGCUACCUCCAAACAACAAAGAGUUAUAAUCUGAUUGCUGACAGAACAGAUAAUGGUACAGAGAUGAGGUGUGAGGCAGUUAACACAUCUCCAGGCUCACGGACGAUUUCCGAUUCACGAGUGAUUGUGGUGAACGUUGCCGAAAUGCAACUGGUUAGCUCACUCUCAUCUCCUAAUGGCGACCUCAUUAUUGAAUGCAAUGUCCACUACGCACCAAAAGCCUGGAAUACAGUCAAAUUGAUGUCCUCAGAUGCCAACACAGGAAUUUUAGCUGUCGGACAUGUAAAUGGAACGACACAAAGCGACAACAACGCGUACCAACUAAACUUUCAAGCUGAUGAUAGUAACGUUUCAAUAAGCCUACUCUUCCCCAACACAACGAAACACUGUUUUGCCAGGAGUAACUACACGUGUUCACUCUAUAGAAAUGAGCAUGUUUUUGUAGAGACAACGGAAUAUAUUUCCAUCCCAGUUGAAGAAGCAGCACAGAAUCCUGAAAUAGAUGAAAUCACAACAGUGAACGAGGGAGACACAUAUACAGUUAACUGUUCCGGAGACCUGGCUCCACAAUCUACUACACUCGACCUCUACACAAGAACAGCAAAUGCCACAUCCUAUACAAAGUCCCCAGUCGAUGCCCUAGUUACUAUUGGUAAUCUCACCGAAUCCUGCUACAUCCAAACAACAAAGAGUUACAAUCUGAUUGCUGACAGAACAGAUAAUGGUACAGAGAUGAGGUGUGAGGCAGUUAAUACAUCACCAGGUUCACAGACGAUUUCAGAUUCACGAAUGAUUGUGGUGAACGUUGCCGAAAUGCAACUUGCCAGCUCGCUCUCAUCUCCUAAUGGUGACCUCAUUAUUGAAUGCAAUGCCAAAUUCGCGCCAAAAGACUGGAGUGAGUUGAAAUUGAUGUCAAAUAGUACCAAUAUCGGGGUUGUAGCUGUUGGCUAUGUAAAUGGAUCGGCACAAAAGGACAACAGUUCGUACCAAAUGACCUUGCAAUCUGCCGAGAGUAACGUUUCAAUAAGCCUACUCUUCCCCAACACAACUAAACACUGUUUUGUUGGAAGUGACUACACGUGUUUACUCUAUAGAAAUGGGGAUAUCGUUGUAGAAACUACUGAAUAUAUUUCCAUCCCAGCUAUAGAUGCCGCUGAAAACGUUGUAAUUUUUGGAAAUACUACGUUGAAUGAAGGAGACAAAUACGAAGUAAAUUGUACUGGGGACCUGGCACCACCGUCUAGUACACUGGACCUGUACAUCAAAGCAGUGAACGCCACGUCUUUUAAAAAGUCUUCGGCAUCGCCUCAAAUUACAAUUGACAAACUGACUGAUGUUUGUUACCUUCAAACAACAAAGAGUUACACGUUUGUUGCCGACAGAGAUGUCAACGGAACACAACUAAAGUGUGAGGGAAUAAAUGCAACUGCAGUUUCUGGAAUAAAGUCGCUCAUAGUACGAAUCAUCGAGAUGGAAAUGAAUGAUUCUAUAACAACUCCCGGAGAGGAGAUGACCAUAAGCUGUAACAUCCGAUAUGCUCCAUCUGGCUGGGAAGACUUUAGUAUUGUGUCAGAAGAUAAUACUGACAUACAUGGUAGAGCCUUUCCAAACGGAACUAUUGUCCAGGGCAAUAGUACAUAUAUAGUUGGAUUACAACAGAACAGCGAGGACAUGACACUGAGCAUUAUGUUUCCUAACACCACUACACACUGUACCGCGAGAGGACGCUACAUGUGUAGAUUAACAUUUAUGGGAAGUGAGGUCAUCAAUGAUACAGCAACAGCUAUCAUUUCAGAUCUCGCCAGUGGGCUUGUACUUGAAGGGAACAAUACAGUUCAGGAAGGUGAACGGUAUACUUUGAACUGUUCUGGAAAAGUAGCUACAGAAGGAGGAGAUCUCGAACUUUAUGUACGCUUCAGGAACACAUCAGACUUCGUCAAGUUUACUGAAGUUCCCACAAUAGCUAUUGGUGGAAAUGAUGACUCCUGCUAUCAGACUAUAACCAAGACUUACGAGCUCAUUGCUGAGACAGUCCAGAAUGGUUCGGAAUUCCAAUGCGUGGCCACUAAUAAUAAACUCACCUCCUACCAAAUCAGCAGCACCAUUGAUAUGGUAGUUGAUUUUGCAGAUUUCAGCACUAGUUUUCAUUUGCAAAACACUACAUGGGUCCCUGCCUAUGGCGACAAAAACAGUCCGGAAUUCAAAGCUUUCGCUGAAAGCAUAGAAAACGAUACAGACUACGUGUACAGCCAAAGCCCCUUGAAGGAUAACUUCCAGAGAAGUAAAGUCAUCGAACUCAAACCUGGAAGUGUAUUCGCCGUGAUCGUGAUGUUUAUACACUUGGAGUUGAUAAUCGAUGAUGGUUCCAGCAAUAUAAUCACAACAAAACUGACGCCCUCUGACAUUAUAUCAGCAUUCACGGACACCCUACCAUUGGUUUCUAACAAUCUGUCUAACAGUACUAUUUUACAAGUAGAUACCGACAGCAUUACCGGUGAAAUUGUUAUAACAGAUCCUGAGGAUGACUUCGACUGUGUUACGCGGACCGAUGUUAUAUUUCUCCUGGAUGCAUCCACAAGUAUUGGAAGUAGUAACUUCAUACUAAUGAAAUAUUUCAUUAAAAACUACACUGCGAAUAUUUUGUUAGGUAGUAACGCUAUUCAAAUUGGUAUUGCCAAGUUUUCAACCAACGCGAGCAAUGAAUUCUGGCUAAAUGAACAUUAUGGAGCAUUGACUAUUAAUCCGGCGAUAGAUGCCAUAGUAUACACCAGCAGAUCAACAUGUAUAGCCAAGGGACUAGAGUUUGUUCGAUCAAAUUCCCUUACCACUGCGAAUGGAGCAAGACAGGACGCUUCGAAGGUAAUCAUUCUUAUGACUGAUGGACAAGCGCACGAUCAGCCGGCAGCAAUCGCCAGUACACUAAGAGCUGAGGGCGUCCUCAUAGCUUGCGUUGGAAUAGGGAGUGGAAUUGAUAUGACCCAGUUAAACAACAUCGCAUACAACUCCUCGUUCAUUUUUUUAGCGUCCGAUUUCAACGUGUUAGCACAAAUCGCGGACACGGUGAAAGGAUCAUCAUGUUUUGAUAACGGCUCCGGAAAUCAAUUUAAUUGA